UAUCUUAGAGCAACAUUAUCGCGGUAUGUUAUACCUCGUCCUUAACAUUAUGCAAUUAAAAUGAAAAUCAAAAAGAGUGAAUUAAGCGUGGGACGUCCCUUAGUUAAGAAACGUUGGCGGACGUCCUUAACACACACGUGUCGCGCUGGGAAUGGCCGACGAUUUCUAAGCCAAAUCUCGUCUUUCAUUUCGUGUCUGUGAACUCGCGGCAUGUUGCUCCAAGGCAAUCGACACCGACGACUCCUAUACCAAACCCACGGGCAAAGAACAUCCGCAAGGCGCUCUCGAAUCUCGUCGGAUCGGCUGAUUCAGAGGAUGUUCUCGUCGUUCAUUACAGUGGACAUGGUACGAGGUUGCCGGCUGAGACAGGGGAGGAUGAUGACACUGGUUAUGAUGAAUGUAUUGUCCCUUGCGACAUGAAUCUGAUUACUGAUAAUGACUUCAGGGAUCUUGUGGACAGAGUUCCACAGGGUAGUAGGAUGACGAUCAUUUCAGACUCUUGUCACAGUGGUGGCUUGAUCGAUGAAGCCAAGGAGCAGAUUGGUGAGAGUCAUAAGAAAGACGAGGAGGAGGAGGAAGAGAAAGAGGAAGAGUCUUCUUCGAGAUUUGGUUUCAGGAAGUUCUUGCGGAGCAAGGUGGAAAGCACGAUUAGAGAGAACAAGAAGGAGGAAGACGAGGCUGAUGAAGUGGAGACCAAGGAGAUGGAGUUGGAAGACGGAGAGAUGAUCCUUGCCAAAGCCAAGUCUCUGCCUCUGCAGACCUUAUCCUCAAGAAGCAGAUGCUGAUGUUGUGAUUGACAUCCUCUACAUUUGUCCCUAACAUUUACUUAAGGACCACUCAAAAUCCCAGCAAUAAUCUAAAUGUUUUGAGACUGUCCCUAACAUUUGUCCUUAACACCACAAUAAUAUAAAAAUAAGCUAAAGACCAA